AUGUUGUUGGAGGUUUUGAAGCCACUCGAAAGCUGGGAAAUAGACAUGGCUCGUGAGUCGAAGGUGCAGGUAUUAACAGAGAAUGCGAAAGUUAGCGAGCUGCCUGCAGUGAAACGGGAAUGGCGAUUCGGCGACAGAAGCAGGAUUGAGCAGUGCUAUGAUCAUGUCGACUCUAGUUUUGAGAGUGAACUAUGUAGGAGACUCAUCUGCGAUCUGGAAGCGGUUGAGUUUCUCGAGGCAAUACUAUCCGCGCAGUUUCCUGAGGCAUUCACGCCUACACCGUCGCAAUUGAAUAUGCUGUUUACGAUGAUUAGCCAUCCUCUCUUCGCAGGCAUGAGCAACGCCCAGCGCAAGCAAUUGUCUGCAGAUGUUGUUCCGCUGUCAGAGCUUGAGAUGAAGUUCAAACCAGACCCUUCGCUUGUGUACACUCCGAUAGCCGAGACUUCGACGCGCGUGUUUGUGAAGCUGCUUUCAACAGGUCUGUCGAUACACGAACUAGGCUUUCACGAGGCUCUCGACGUGGGUCGAGAGGGGAUUGUUGAGGCAACUUCACCACCGAGACGGCAGAGAAAAGCGCGCUAUAACAAGUCCUAUGACGACGAUCUCUUUGGCAGUCCGCAAAAACCUUCCAAACGAAAUUCCGAUGAUGCUGCUCUUGCUGAGUUUGCGCCUCCAGGUACCGCGAAACGAGGACGGAAGAAUAACGGCAGUAGCAACAAACAGAAGAUGCUCGAAGAUUCGGAAGGUAAUGACAUUUUCAGUGGGCCAAAGAUCAAAAGUUUAUGGGCGAGCGUCGACGAAGAUAUUCUCAGGAUACUCGGAUGGGGAUUUAAAUGCUCUUCCGCUUUUGCGGCAAGAGAGCGGGAUUCAAAAGUACGAAGCACAGGCGAUCUAUCAAAGAGUCUGGAAGGCCGGUGGCCUGCGUACAGAAACCUGAUUGAGAUCUUGGUCGGUAUACUGGAGCGAGAUUGGAAAGAAACCUUAGACGAAGUGAAAGAAGAUAAUGAUGGAGAGGAACUGCUAUAUGAUAGCCUGCUGUUCAAGCUGCUUAGGUACAAGACUAGCGGGCUUCGCAGUAUACGGUGGAAGUCGGCGCUGUCGGCAGUGUUUGCAACCAACAGCGCUGGCGAGAGCCAGCAAUAUAGGGAAAUCUUUUCUAAAGAGAUAGAAGCCAAAGCCAGUGCGACGACGCUCGAACGCGCAAAUUACGCACUGUUCCUCGGCGAGGACAGUUACCCGUUUGGAGAUCUUGACUCUUUGAGUCUGCGGAAGCGGACUCUGGGGUUGCUGUUUGACAUUGCGGCAGCUACGACGGACACGGUAGAUCAGUGGAGCUGGUUUAUGGAGAUGAGCUCAUACCUGCGGGAUGUCUCAUUGCAGACGUUGACGUACUUUCUGGAUCCCCCGCGGUUACUUAUUGGCAAGAAGAGCGAGUACGUCUGCAAUCUCUGUGAAGCGCUGCUGCAGCCCUUGGUCACAUAUUCACGAUUGCCCAAGGACUGGAUUGAAGACUUUGAGAGAGGGAAGGUGUACAUUUCGGAGUUUCUGGCCCUACAGCCGAAGCAAACGACCUCAGACGAUUACACCAGGCUUGCAGAGAGUACGAUUAAAGUUGCGAUACUUGUGGAGACUUUGUUUCGAACAUGGGUGAAAGAGCGUAUGUCGAAUGCAGGUACGCGGCCGGAAGUGGCUAGCGAGGGUUCGGCGCAGCAACUAGAUCCAGGAACCGAUAGGCUGUCAGAGUCGUUACAGAGCGGCAUUGCUGGUCGGAGGCACCUGCUGGAACGCGCAAGACGGUUGUCUGCGUACAGAGAAGACAAAAGAUGGGGCCGACUAUCUGCGGCCCUUGCGGGGAGCGAGGCGAGGCUGGUGCUGACGAUGCAGAGCCUCGAGGAGCAUGAAGCGCAAGAAAGGCUUCGGUCGUGA